AUGUACUCCACCCAGUACGGCUUCGGCAAUGCGGCCGGCCAAGCCUUCAACACGCCUUCCCCUCAGCAGCAGAUGCAGCAGCCUCCACAACAACAACCGCUCCAACAGCAGCAGAUGCAGCAGCCUGUUUCCCACAUGCCGCCUGGCUCUAUGCCUGGACAGCAGAUAAUGUAUGGUCCGCCAUUUUCUAUGGCUGCUGGACCAGGCCCCUAUGGCGCCGUUGCUGGCGGCCCGAACAUGAUGGCCAACCCUGGGCCUGCAGGCAUAAUGCAAAAUCCCGCUAUGCCCCAUAUGGCUGCUAACGGGCAAAGACAGCACCACCUCAACAACAUGCCAGGCACGCCGAUCGGGCUAUCUACCCCACAGGCCGGCAACUUUCCUAACGGGUCAGGUCAUGGCGUCGGCGGGCUGAUUUCCAACGGUGUCGGAGCCCACGGGCAGGCUGUUGGGAUGGGAGCGCCUCUGAGCCCCGGUACAGAGAGCCGGGAAAAGGAGUUGUUCACUGUCUUGCUGAGCAUCAACCAAGAGCUGCUGUACGAGUCUGUGCAGCUACGAAACACACAGAUCGCUCUGAAAAAAGAGCACACAGCAGAGGCUGGUGUAGACGAGCCCUCAGUCACAGAGUCUUCCGAGCCAGGGUCCGAGGAAGAAAAGCUGGUGCGCGCAGACUACAUCCAGUGCAUGAAACGGAUCCAGUCAAACUUGUCCUAUCUGGCGAGCCUGGCCGACCGCAAAGUGACGGCGAACGCUGCAAAGGGCCCCGGCUUCCUGAUGGCACCCGCUCUGAGCCUGGGCUUCAGGCUGCGGCCGCAGCCGUCCUCGGCACCGGAUGCCAUCGGCAUGACCGACGUGGAUAUCAACAGCGACCGCGAGGACCGGCUGCGCUACAUCAAGGAGCUGUACGCCAAGCUGCAAAGCUUCUACCCGGGUGUAGAUUACACUAAGGAACCGGCGUUUGGCCCCCAGUCGAGUGGCGCACACGGAGCCCCCGGAGGGGCUGGAGUACCAGGACCGAACCCUGCCGCGAUGGCCGCCUUCAACAACCGCGCUAUGUCUCAAGGCGUACAUCAGGCCAGCCCUGUGUCACAACCUCAUCGGACACCACAGAUGGGUAUGAUGGCCGGCCCACCCGGUCCUCCACAAGGCAUCCCCAUGGCUUGA